GAAUCGCAAGUAGGAGAACGAAGCCGUAAACAUAGGAAGACAAAGACAUCGGUUGUUUUGAGUGAGGAGUACGAACAGACGUGGCGUCCUAAGGCAACCAACAAGGAUAAAUUAUUUGAGCUGAUGUCAAAAUGCAAGGGAGAUCCAAUUAUAAUUGAUGUUGAUGGGAACUUUGCGACAUUGAGUUGUUGUAGAUCAUUGUCUCAGGCCCGUGGUCGAUUAGAUGAUAAUUAUGUUCGAGUUGCAGCAUGUCUUUAUGUGAAAGUGUGGGGGCGGCGAUUUGGAACUAGAAGCAGGAGGUUGAUGCUGGAUCCAACAUUUGCGAUAAGAGUGCUGCAAGUAGAAGGAGAUAACUGGGAUAGUGUUGAUAGGAUAAUCCAGUCCUCCAUCAAGAACACACCAGUUGCGUCAUGUCUUAGGAUAAGUGUGGUAUUUGUCCCUGUUAUUGAAGACGGUCAUUGGUGGUGUGCCGCCUUCUCGGUAAACAGGGAGGAGGUGAUGAUCAUAGACUCCAUGGAAACAAAAGAAGCUGCAAAGCUGCAUCACGUAUCAGUAGAGGCAUUGUGCUACGCAAUGGACCGGUAUUUUAGAGCUGUCGACAGUUCCUGGGAUAUCGGGGCUGUGAGCAGAUGGCCGCGUUCUACUCUAAACAUGAAGCAGCAGUCGGACUUGCAUAGCUGCGGAGUUUACAUGUUGUUAGCUAUCAAGCACAAUGCCGAUCGUUUUGUGGAGAGUGUACAAUUGGGAAACAUUGUGGAAGAGCGUAAAUGGUUGCUAUGUGAGGAUGUCAUGUGCGACUUCAACGAGGCCCGCGAAAGUGUGAAGGCUUUGAUGUCCUCUUUGUGAAGGGUACCCGCGGAAGUAGUUUACUGUGUUAAUGUUUUCUUAUGAUGAUGUAAUUUUGUUGUACAUUAACAUUGGGCAGCUUUUGGGUGGAUAUAAUUUUGGGGUGGCCUAGAUUGGCCAUAGAUUGGGCUGAUACAUAGCCAUAGAUUGGGCUGACAGAUAUAUAGGAUGAAAUAUCACAAUAUUCUUUUGGGGUGAUGUUGGGCUAUAUUUGGCCUCAUAGAUAUAUAUAUAGGAUGAAAUAGAUUGGGCAGUGGUUGGUUUAGAUUGGGCAGUGG